UUCGGGUUGUCCCCUCGCGUGCGCGGUCGCCCCUUAGGUUCACGCAUGCGUGCCUACUCCUGCCAUAAGAAGCUGUUGAGAGUGGGAGCGGAAUCAGAGUGAGGGAGAAAGGUGGUGUUCCUGCUUCAACAGUGAUUGAACGGAACCUUCAUUCCCAACUGCUGUCCGCGAGCUUCUCUGUUCAUACCCGCCUUCGUUAUCUCCUGAACCGUCCGAUGCCAUGAGUUCCCAGGUGCGACAGAAUUAUCAUCCUGACUGUGAGGCCGCCAUCAGCCGCCAGAUCAACCUGGAGCUUUAUGCCUCUUAUGUUUAUCUCUCCAUGUCCUUUUACUUUGAUCGGGAUGACAUUGCAUUGAAGAAUUUUGCCAAAUUCUUCCUGGAGCAAUCUCAUGAAGAGCGUGAACAUGCUGAGAAACUCAUGAAACUGCAAAAUCAGCGAGGAGGGCGCAUCUUACUUCAGGAUAUCAAGAAACCAGAUCGUGAUGAAUGGGGAAGUGGUUUGGAUGCAAUGAUGUGCUCUCUGGAGCUGGAGAAGAGUGUAAACCAGUCACUCUUGGAAUUGCAUAAACUGGCUACUGACAGGAAUGAUCCACAUCUCUGUGACUUCCUAGAGACCCACUAUUUGGAUGAACAGGUCAAAUCUAUCAAGCUCCUAGGAGAUCAUGUAACCAACCUGCGGAGACUGGGUGCUCCUGAAAAUGGAAUGGCUGAAUAUUUAUUUGACAAGCACACCUUGGGUGAAGACAGCAGCUAAACACCUGCAUUCUUCCUUGCUGCUUGAAGCACUCAGCUCAGUGCAUGUUUUAAGUUAUGUUUGUAGUCAAGUUUUCACACUACCCCAAUUAUGUAAUUGUGCAACCUGAAAACUUGAAUGGUUUCUAAUAAGCUAAUUGAUUAUUGAAGUCUACUUGUAGAAAACAUUCUUUGGCUUAUCUCCAAAUAAAGCAAUUUGAACAAUUA